AUUUAUACAUUUUGUGAAUGAAACAAGUAAAAAUAUCUUGUUGAAACUCAUAAAUCAAAACUGAGCAUGGAGAUCUAAUCUACAUAGAAUGAGACCAGCCUCAUAGGAUUACUGACGUUUAUCUAAUAAAACAGCUGAUUGUAGAACGCACUUGUGCAGAGGAGAUCAAGUGUUCGUAUCUCCAUUAAACUCUUUAUUUAAUUAGUUUAAGACAAUCAUGGGCCGUAUCAUUUACCCACAAACAAGACGGAAAUCUCCGAGUGCAUCUUAGCAUGUAAAAAGGACUUUCAAUGAGUGCAAGCAGUUGGAUGUAAAUUUCAUUUUUUGUUUUCUAUGAAGUUCCUUAGGGGGAUAUUCCAUUCAGAAGCAGAUCUGUGAUAUUUUAUACGAUGUGGUACUGCGCGCGCCAUUUUGCUGUUUAUGUGACGAUUUUAUUAACUUUACCGGUGUUUGCAGCUUCACAGGACGAUGUUCCUCCCGGGGCAGCAACGCUCGCCUUCGUGUUUGACAUUACAGGAUCGAUGUAUGAUGAUUUGGUACAGGUCAUUGACGGGGCAGCCAAAAUUAUGGCUACAACACUCGCCCGCAUAGAAAAGCCACUGUAUAACUAUGUACUCGUACCAUUCCACGACCCAGAUGUUGGUCCAAUAGUUAUUACUAAAGACCCAGAUGAAUUCCAGACUGAAUUACGCAACCUGUACGUCCAAGGGGGUGGAGACUGUCCAGAGAUGAGCGUUAGGGCCAUUAAGGAGGCUCUCGACGUGUCUCUUCCUAACUCCUACAUCUACGUGUUCACCGACGCGCUGUCAAAAGACUUCUACCUGGGAGAGGAGGUGUUGGCCCUCAUACAGCAAAAACAGAGCCAGGUUGUGUUUGUACUGACGGGUGACUGCGGUAGUCCACAGAGUGAGGGAUACAAGGUCUAUGAGAGAAUCGCAUCCACCAGCUCCGGUCAGGUCUUCCUGCUGAAAAAGAACCAAGUCAACCAGGUAUUGAACUUUGUCCGCCUGACUGUUCAAGCCAGGAAGGUGAACCUAAUGUCGGUUGACCAGGAUCAGGCUAACUCUCAGUACAUGCAGAUUCCCAUCGAUUCCAGGCUCCAAGAGUUCACUGUCUCCCUCAGUGGCUCUAACCCAAACUUGAGACUGUACAAUCCAAAAGGUACAGAAGUAACGGAUAGCAAUGGCCUGUACGAGCUAUUGGACAUAAAGAAUGUCAAGGUGAUUAACGUGCGAAAUCCUGAACCGGGAAUGUGGCGUCUCCGUGUGGACAGCGGGAGUGCUCAUACCCUGAGGUUGACGGGUCUCAGUAAAAUCGACUUUGCUGUUGGAUUCUCCAAAGAUAAAGCGUUACACAUAACCUCGACCGAGUUACGACCUCUAGAAGGUGUUCUAAGUCAAAUGAUGGUCAACACAACGGACCUGGAUUCUCCUGGUCACUUGAAGAAGAUGCAACUGGUCAGUCUAAAGGGAGUUGUCUUGUCUGAGUACCCCCUCCAAGUAGAAAGAGGCCUGAAAAAUAUUUACAGGACUGAAGCUUUCAAGCCUUCAUCCGGGUACUUCUAUGUCAAGGUUGUAGGAGAGGAUGACAAAGGUCAUGUGUUAUGGAGGACAACUCCGACGGCCAUUAGUCCCCGCAAGCCCGCUCCACCCACGGUGUACAUGCCAGAGAUCACGCGAGGUUUCUACCACACGGACUCCAUCAUAAUCUGUACGGUGAACUCUGUCAUUCCUUUCACCGUCCAGUGGUACAAGAACGGUCGGAGAGAAGGAUCAGAGGUUCUCUUCCAGGAGUCUGGCAACGCUACGUAUCGGGUUCCCAGAGCCAGCAGUAAAGACGAAGGAAUCUACACAUGUAAUGCGACAAGUGUGUCCGGAAGUACGGCCAGGACAACACUAUUGGACGUUAGUGAACCUCCUCCAGAGAUUGCACCUACAUCUAAUAUAUCAGUGUUGCCAGGUAACAGUGCCGUAUUGACCUGUAAUGUGUACAGUACUGUUCCAUUCAACGUCACGUGGUAUGGACCAGUGGGACGCAUAGGAACUAAUCCAGAAUUCACCAACUUCAACAAUGGAUCCUUGCUGAUUAAAUACGUUAACUUGAAACAUGAGGGACAGUAUGUAUGCAGAAUUGGCAAUGAGGGGGGCUACUCACAGAAAAAGCUGUUUCUGAGAGUUCAAGUGCCUCCUGAGGUGUACAUCAAACCUGUGGAGAGCACCUUUAAGGUGGGUGACACCGUGACGUUGAUCUGCUACGCUAAUGGAUUUCCCCUGCCGUCAUAUUACUGGCUGAGGAAUGAGGCUCUGGUAAUCCCCAGUAAUCGGAUAUCCGUCAAUCAAAACCAGCUAACCCUAACUAACAUGGUAGAGAGUGAUGGAGGGGCAUACAGUUGUCUGGCAGAAAAUCUGGCAGGGGACGACACCGCCAUAGCAACGCUACAGUACAUUGAAAGCCCUCAGAUAGACACUUACGUCAAAAAAGUUUUGGUUGGUAGUGGUGACACAGCUACCCUUCAGUGCUCUGCCAAAGGUAUUCCUACGCCAGAAAUUCACUGGUUCAAAGGGGAAUUAGAGUUGAAGCAGUUGUCGUAUGUCAAGAUAUCAGCCAAUGGAGAACUGUCCAUUCUGGGGGCCCAGGAGCAGGAUGAGGGAGGCUACAUGUGUAUCGCAACUAACGCCGCCGGCAGUGACUCCGUCAUUGUCGAUCUAGAAGUCGGAGCUGAUCCUAGGAUUACUAAAGCUCCAUUUAACAUGGGAGCAGACAUUUCCACUAAUGCCUCUCUGCAAUGUGAGGCUAUUGGUGACCCAGUCCCAAAGAUUUACUGGCUUUUUAAGGGGAACCCCAUCAAAACAGGAAUACGUCUCAAACAAGACAAGUCCGGCAACCUGUUCAUCGACAAUUUGGAGCACAAAGAUGAGGGACGGUACACGUGUGUAGCUCAGAAUCAGUUUGGGAUGCAGGAAGUGUCAGCCUUUCUCAGCAUCACCGGGAUAGUGAGUCCUGUAAUUGCUUACACAAACCCUUACUUGGACGUAGUGGAGGGGUCAGAGGUCGACCUCAGUUGUGUGAUCAUUCAGGGAAACCCUAGUCCAACUGUCCACUGGCAGAAAGAUUCCAAGGUAUUAAAGAACAGUGAUCAUGUGACUGUAACUAAACCAGGGGAGAUCACCAUUAGAAACGUUCAGAAGUCACACCAGGGAGAUUUUGUGUGUGUAGCAUCAAACGUCGGUGGAAACUCCACAUACAUUGUGUCUGUCAACGUCCAAGUACCUCCACGUCACACCUUUCACACAGACCAGGACGGCCAGAGUAACUUCACUAUGAUAGAGGGGGAGGGUAUAGUUCUGCCCUGUAGUGUAGAGGGUGAUCCACGCCCCACCAUCGCCUGGUAUAAGGAUGAGAGCCCUAUCUCCCUAACCGACUACCACUACUUCAUCCGAGAGGAUGGGAGCUUGGAAAUCUUCAGUGCCGACCCACAGGACACAGGGGCUUACAGGUGUACCGCCAGCAACGUGGCUGGGGAAAUUGAUAAAUCUGUGAACCUCUACGUUCAAGUACCCCCAGUGAUUGAUGGUGAAGAAACAGAACAAUUCACAGUCACUACAGGGGAGACAAUCGUCCUACCUUGCGCUGUGAAAGGAAAACCACAACCUGAGAUCUUCUGGAGAAAGAACUUUGUCCGAUUCUCCCCAGACUCCUCCGAGCGCUUCGUGUUUAGCGACAUCGGCCUGUCGAUCUUCAAUGUCGAAAUCUCGGACAGGGCUAUCUAUGAGUGUGUGGCUAGCAAUGUAGCAGGGGAGACAACUAAGAUUAUUACGCUUAUUGUUCAGAUCCCUCCCACUAUCAGCUCCGAAGGGGAACAAGAUAUGAUCGUAAUGGAAGGAAAGUCAGCAUUUCUUAACUGUGACACACAAGGAGACCCUGAACCUGAAAUCACAUGGAAAAAGGAUGGCGUCAUCUUAGACCCCACCAGUGACCUCGAUAUUGACUUGACCCCAUUUGGAUCCUUACAGUUCAGCUCUGUAAAGCUUAGGGAUGAUGGGAGAUAUGUGUGUAUUGCCACGAAUCCUGCAGGAUCAGCAGUAAAGGACUUCACCCUGAUUGUACACGAUCCACCAUUUUUCCCACCGUUUGUUACCAACCACACCCAAGUGAUAGAAAACAACCCCGUGACAAUCCCUUGCCCCGCGGUAGGAACCCCACCCCCUGUAAUCAUCUGGUAUAAAGAUGACAUUCUGCUGACUGGGGAUGAGAGCGGAGUUACCUUCCUUGAUGAUGGAUCCCUGGAGCUGUACAACACUGAUGCCCAGGACACCGCGAGUUACAAAUGUGUGGCUAGCAAUGCAGCGGGAGAAAUUGAGCACUCAGUCGACCUCCACGUACUCAUCCCACCUAAACUGAUCGGCGAGGAGAUAAACCUAUCAGACAGACGACCCAUCAUCACAGCUGUAGUAAUAAACAGCACCACCUCCUUUUAUUGCCCGAUCGAGGGUGACCCGAAACCAGUAAUCACGUGGCAGAGGAAUGGAGAGGAUCUAUUGGAUGAUGGGAAACGGUUCUUCAUUUCGGAUGAGGGACGGAACCUCACAAUUCUAAAUGCAGAGAUAACGGAUAAAGCCCGGUACACGUGUAAUGCCAGAAAUACUGCUGGGGAGACGGAAAAGUCGUUCAAUCUGGAAGUACAUAUUCCUCCAAUCCUCGAUUACGACACAGUGACCCCCAGCAACCUCUCUGUGGUGAUUAGGAACUCUCUGUUCAUUAGCUGUCCAAUGUCUGGAAUUCCGCCUCCGAAGAUCACCUGGUACAAAAACGGAGAGGUAAUCUCCCCUGAAUUGGACCCUAACAUUCGAACAUUUGCAGAUGGCCGACGGUUGGAACUGACCAGCGCCCGUGUGACCGACACUGGCCUAUACAGAUGUGAGGGUGUCAAUGUAGCAGGCAGUUCUCAAAAUGAAUACGAAUUGGAGGUAUAUGUACCCCCAUCCAUAGAAAGGGAGGGAGAAAUAGGACGUCCAGAAGUUGUGGUGGGCCGGUCCUUCCAGCUGACCUGUCCAGCUUCAGGGAUCCCCAGACCCGAGAUAUCCUGGUUUAGAGCCAACAAAGCUAUCAGAGAGAACUCUACUAACUAUUAUUUGUUGGACGAUGGGUGGACACUGUCCAUUGUCAAUGCCUCCGAGGAAGACUCUACCAGGUUUACGUGUCGUGCCCAAAAUGUGGCAGGAAACAAUGAGAAAGCCUUUGACCUUCAUGUCUUAGUCCCCGCCUACAUCCAGCGUGUGAACGUAAACACAGAACCCCGUGUGAUCCUGAACCGGACACUCGUCCUGAACUGUCCAGCGGUCGGGGCGCCCACCCCAGACAUCACCUGGUACAAGGAGCGUCUUCUGUUAGAUGUAGCCAAUAGUCCACGGGUGGAGUUCCUCUCCUCAGGAAGACAGCUUCGGAUUCCUAACGCUCAGCUAACGGACACUGGAACAUUCAUCUGUGAAGCCACAAACAAGGCUGGGGCAGACCGCCAAGAUUACAAUGUCCAAAUACAAGUUCCAAGUAAGAUAGAUGAAUUCCGAACAAACGUCAAUCCCCGAGUAAUUGUCAAUAGUCCCCUGACCAUCGUGUGUCCAGCGUCCGGCAUCCCCCCACCGGUCAUUAGUUGGUACAAGGAUGGAGAGAAGAUGAAUGUCACCAUGGACGAGAACAUUCAGGUUGACAAAGAUGGCGAGGAACUGACCGUAAAGGUUUCCAGGGUAACAGACACAGGGUUGUAUACCUGUGAGGCGUGGAAUGAAGCGGGAUUGGCGAAGCUUAAUUUCGAUGUUUUUGUGGAAGUUCCUCCAAUAAUAUCCGAGACUGAUAGGUCUCCAAAAGUGAAGGUGGGUGAAGAAACCAUAUUGUUGUGCCCAGCAUCGGGGACCCCUGAACCAGAAAUUACCUGGCUGAAAAACGGUCAAGCGAUAGACUUCUCCCUGACCUCUGGGUUAAGGGAACAGAACGGAGGGAAAGAGCUCCACAUACACAACGCUAUCGUGGAUUAUGGAGGAAUGUAUACGUGUAUUGCCUCAAACUCCGCUGGAGACGACAAAGUUGAUAUCGAACUUGAGGUCUGGGUUCCACCUGUAAUUGACAAGGAAUCCUUCGAGAAAUAUACGGGUGUCAACAAAGGUCGUGCCACCUUACUGAACUGCCCUGCCCACGGUCUGCCACCGCCCAACAUCACGUGGUACAAAGACGGCGCUCCACUUGUCUUAGACAAACGGAUGGUAUUGCAGACUGGGGGACUACAGCUUAAGAUAGCCAACACCACUAUCAACGACACGGGAACAUUCACAUGUACAGCUGUCAAUCCCGCCGGGAAAGAUAGCGUGGACAUGGAACUGGAAGUCAUGGUCCCCCCUUCCAUUGAUGAGUCAAAUGUCGUGUACACUCCCAAGGUCAUUCAGAAUCGCACUGUGAUCAUAGAAUGCCCUGUUUCCGGAGUUCCCGAACCGACAGUGUCCUGGACAAUUAACGACAGUCCACUGGUUCCCAAGGACAGGAUCCACCUGUUGGAAAGGAACAGACAGCUGACCAUUGACCAGGCUCAGGUGGCAGAUACUGCUACUUACAUGUGUGUGGCUGAAAACAAGGCUGGGGAACUUCGUAAAAAAUUCCAUCUGGAAGUUCUGGUCCCAGCACACAUAUUGACAGAGGUAGCCUCUGACAACAAUCUGGUCACGAUCCAAAACCAGACAAUUAAUAUAAACUGUCCGUCCAUGGGGAUCCCCACACCAUCCAUCAUCUGGCUAAAGAACCGGGUACCCUUGCUGGACUCCCCCUACAAAAGAAUGCGGGUCCUUAGUAACGACCAGUUUCUGGAGAUAUCUAAUGCCCAGGUAGAGGAUGCUGGGAAGUAUGCGUGCACGGUGACUAAUGUAGCAGGCCAGGAGAAGAGGGAGUUCAACUUACAAGUUCACGUGCCUCCAUUCAUUGUCAAAUCACAGGGAGAAGAACUGCAUGUGGUUGUGGAAGGAGGAAUGGCCACCUUGAAUUGUGAGGUGGGCGGGAUCCCCGAGCCUCUAGUUACAUGGCUGAAAGAUGGAAAUAUUCUACAAACGGAGGAUAACUCUCAAGUCAGGAUUCUAUCUGGGGGACAGAUUUUCCAGAUUAUAGGUGCAAGGACAGCAGAUACAGCAAAAUACACCUGUCAGGCAGAGAACAUGGCAGGACUGACAGAAAAAUAUUAUCAACUGAAUGUUCAAGUGCCUCCCAGAGUCAACGGUUCUCAGUUUCAACAGAGGUCAGUAGUAAUAAACCAACAGUUGAUGCUGAGCUGUGAUGCAACAGGCAUUCCCCCGCCCAAGGUUGUUUGGAUGAGACACCAUCAGGUCAUUCCGUCCUAUGGUAAUCCUAGUGUCCGAAUAAGAGACCAAGGGAGGCAACUGCUGUUAACCAAUGCCCAGCUUCUAGACGAGGGUGAAUACACAUGUCUGGUGACUAACCCCGCUGGGAACGCCUCUGUCGACUUUUCCGUGUCUGUACAAGUACCGCCCACCAUUGAGGAUGGUCCUACACGUGUGGUGGGAAUAGUCAACACACGAGUCGACCUCUCGUGUAACAGCAUAGGUCUGCCUGUGCCCAAGGUCAAAUGGGAAAAGAAUAACAAGGUGUUUCCUACAACGGGACUGAGACACAGAAUGUUGAUAGGCGGGUCUCUUGAGUUCACUUCGGUGAGACUAGAAGAUGCUGGGACAUAUGUUUGCUCUGCCACCAAUGAGGCCGGAAGUGUUAACCGGGAGAUAAGACUUGAUGUACAGGUUCCCCCUAAGAUGGUGGGGGAGAUCCAGAGGAGCAUGCAGGCUGUUCUAGGAGAUGAUGUUUACCUCCCUUGUAACGUGAAGGGUAACCCUCAACCCACCAUAAUGUGGCAGAAGGGGACCUCAAUUUUGACCAGUGGAGCAGAUCACUACAUAAUGAAGAAUGGAACUCUUCUCUUGAGAAGAACGGAUGAACGUGACACCGGAAUGUACAUCUGUAUCGCACGGAACAACGCUGGCACAGCCAUGGCGCAAGUCUUUCUCAGGAUGUUUAUUCCUCCAAAAAUAACGGACGUGACCCAGACUGCAUACUCUGUCCUUCAAGGUCGUAACAUUGUGUUACCUUGCCGUGCGGAUGGAAGGCCCCGUCCUAAGAUUUCCUGGGAUAAAGGAGGAGAGAAACUAACCGGUAGUUUCCACUAUCGUAUACUACGAUCGGGGUGGCUUCUUAUUCCAUACUCUAGGUCAGAGGACACGGGAACCUACAGGUGUACAGCCACAAAUGAGGCCGGGAUUGAUGAAGUCAGCAUAUCACUAACUGUCCAUGUACCCCCAAGGAUAGAGAAGGGAGCUCGUCUGCUGACAGGAACAGUAGGAUCCACGGCCAGGAUACCCUGUAACACGACCGGCGAGCCCAGACCACAAAUCGUGUGGCUGAAGGACGGUCGGUUGAUUCGGACUGACCGGAAGUACGUGGUGGACGACUCGGGGACACUGAUCAUCAAUACGUUGGAUGCAGAUGACACAGCCAGUUACACAUGCACUGCCAUCAAUGUGGCAGGCAGAGACUCCAUGGAUAGAGUCCUUAGAAUCCAAGUCCCUCCCAAGAUUACUGUGGCCCCACGAAGUCAGGAAGUCAUACAAAACUCUAGGAUUGUGUUGUCAUGUGCUGCCACAGGAAUCCCAAUUCCUGUAGUGACGUGGACCCUCAAUGGACAGCCAGUCCCAGCUUCCCCGAGCAUACAUGGGCGGAGUUUCCUGUUUAUCUAUCAUGCCCUCAGACAGGAUGCUGGAAUGUAUACAUGUAUCGCGGAGAAUCCGGCCGGGAUCGCUACAGCGUCUGCCCCUGUUCUUAUGAAAGUCCCACCCCAGGUGUCUAUACCGGACAGUGAUGCCACAGUAAGUGUGGCUGACCAGGUGAUGCUGACCUGCUCUGUGGGUGGCGACCCGAACCCCGACAUCAGGUGGACAAAGAACGGCCGACCUGUGGAGCUCAGCGAUAGAAUUGUACAGCUUCUCAAUGGGUCACUGGUCAUAUACGACUCGUCGAGUUCAGAUGCUGGUGAAUACAAAUGCGUGGCCUCUAAUGACGCUGGCACAUCGGAGGGCGUGGCCAUGUUAACUGUGCAAGAGCCCCCAAUUUUUAAGAUUGAGCCAACCAAUAUGAGGAUUACUCAGGGGGACACAGUUGUAAUGGACUGUGUGGCUGAAGGGGAACCCACUCCUGAUAUAUCCUGGUUAAGGGGUUGGAAGGACAUUGUCACGGGAGAGAGACUUUCCAUUCUGCCCAACAACUCACUCAGGAUUAUAGCAGCCCAGAUGUCGGACGCCGGUUUGUACCGUUGUAAGGCGGCCAAUAGAUUGGGCAUCACCAUCGUCGAAGCCAACAUGACCAUUGUUGUUCAUGGCCGUUUUUCUGAAUGGACUUCCUGGGGAUUGUGUAGCAGUACUUGUGGGGUGGGACUACAGUUCCGGACUCGCGAGUGUGACAACCCUCUUCCUCAGAAUGGAGGGAGACAGUGUAUAGGGUCUUCUCUGGACUCAAAAACUUGUGUGUCAGGCCACUGCCCAGUUGAUGGUGAGUGGGGUAAUUGGUUUCCAUGGAAGCCUUGCAGUGUGACAUGUGGAGAAGGGGAGAGAACUCGGGAGAGACUAUGUAACAAUCCGUUUCCUCUACAUGGUGGUCUUCCCUGUCCAGGUCUCUCUUUGACCAGCGAUAUCUGUAACGAGGGCCAAUGCCCAGUGGAUGGUGAGUGGAGUGGGUGGGGAUCCUGGGGAAGAUGUAGCGUUUCUUGUGGGGAGGGGGUCCACGAGAGGCGGAGGCUGUGUGACAACCCACCACCACGGUAUGGGGGACACCACUGUCAUGGGGACACCGUCCAGCUGAAAACAUGCAGAGUGCAGCAGUGUGCAGUGGACGGUAUGUGGGGUCAAUGGAACCAUUGGACUUCUUGCUCCCAGAGCUGUGGAGGGGGUGUGAGGUCAAGGUUACGGAGGUGUGACAGCCCUGCCCCAAUGUAUGGGGGAUCAUCCUGUUCAGGACGGGACAUCCAGAGAGACUACUGUAAUCCGGAUCCCUGCUCCGUUCAUGGUAACUGGGCGAGGUGGCAGAGUUGGGGGGCUUGCUCGGUAAGCUGUGGGAUGGGUCUUCAGAAAAGAUUCAGGACUUGCUCUAAUCCCGCUCCCAGCAUCAAUGGUCGUCCCUGUAUCGGAGCCGGCGAGGACAGUCGACAGUGCAACAGACCACAGUGCCCCGUGGAUGGAGAGUGGAGUAUUUGGGGUGCGUGGUCCUCGUGUUCUCGUACCUGUGGGGCAGGUCACAGGGAACGUAAUCGGGUGUGCAGCACGCCCUUAAACGGGGGCCGGUACUGUGACGGAGACGAAGUCCAGAGGGAUAUAUGUGGUUUGACACCUUGCUCAAAAAUGCCCACUAAGGCCUUUGGUACAUUGGUUGGAUACAUCAAUGGUGUGGACCUGACUGAUUCAACUAUCAACGCUGUCAUGUCACCGACCGAAGAUAGGCAGAACAUUAAAGUGGAUGCUACCAUCACAGAUUUACCUCCCCGUACAGGGAAACACGUGGAACACCUGGUGUCAGUGUUGAGUCCUGUGUAUUGGGUGACAGCAUCAGAAAGGGGCGGAGCUAAGAAUGGAUUCUCCCUAACUGAUGGACAAUUCUCCCGUGACGUUCAGGUGGAGUAUGCUACAGGUGAAAUUGUGAAAAUGUCCCAGUACUCCAAUGGAGUGGACGAGGAAGGAGUUUUACAGAUUGAUGUCAUUGUCAGAGGGGAAGUCCCUGACCUCUCCCAGGGAUCAGAGAUAGAACUGGCUCCGUACUACGAAAAUUACAUUCAGACUGGACAAGGGAAAAUUUUCGCUCGAUCUUCUCGAACUGUCCAGGUGGACGGGCAUAUUCUGCCGUACUCAUGGAAUCAUUCCAUUACAUAUGAGACGACAGAAAUCAUGCCGUUUCUGGUGGAGACACUACAUACCAAGGAUAUUACAUCAUCGGUCAGCCCAACUGGUGACCAGGUCAAAUUCACAUUGCUGACUAAUGUAGCUCAAGGAACCCCCAGUAACCAAUGUCCAUCAGGGUUUCACUUGGACAACAGUGGACAGUUCUGUCUAGAUAAUGACGAGUGUUACCCUACCAACCCCUGCUCUCACCACUGUCAUAACUCACCGGGAAAAUUUGCAUGUUCCUGUCCCUCUGGAUAUGUCCUGGGUCCGGACGGGCGGACAUGUGAAGACCUGGACGAGUGUCGCUGGAACAACGGUGGAUGUAGUAGUAACCAUGAGUGUCUGAACACGGUGGGAUCGUACCACUGCGCCGUGGUGUGUAAGCCAGGCUACUGGAGAAACAGGGAUCGGUUUUGUAUAGACAUCGAUGAAUGCUCCGAGAACCCCUUGAUCUGUGGACAGCACUGCAAGAACACUGCUGGGAGUUAUCAGUGUUCAUGUUCUUUGGGUUUCAAAUUGAAGAGCGAUGGACGAUGUACAGAUGUCAAUGAAUGUACGGAGGGGAUGUCAGCCUGCUCCCACAUCUGCAGGAACCGGAUCGGGAGUUACCGGUGUGCUUGUCCCUCGGGUUAUAGAUUCAUAUCCAACGUUACCUGUCAAGACGUUGAUGAAUGUAAAGAAGGUAUUCACAAAUGUACAGAUGAACAGGAGUGUCAGAACAUUAAGGGGAGUUACCAGUGUGUCCAGAGAUGUAGGGAUGGAUACCAGGAAGUGAAUGGACAAUGUGUGGAUAUAGACGAAUGUUCUUUAAACACACAUCGGUGUUACUCCAACCAGGAGUGUGUGAACUCACCAGGAGGCUACUCGUGUCAGUGUGAGAAAGGAUACAGGUCAGCAGAUAUCGGACAACCCUGUCUAGACAUUGAUGAGUGCACAGAAGCCCCCAGGGUCUGUGCUUACCGUUGUCGAAAUACCCAGGGCAGUUUUGUAUGUAUUUGCCCUCCAGGACAGAUUCUAUUGGCAGACAAACGAUCAUGUGCUGGGCUAGAGUAUUUGGAACCAGAUCCUGUAGAGAAUUUACCCAAUAGUAAACAAAGCAACCUGGAUUCAAAAUCUUUUGGCCAUUUUCUUGGGUCUCAGAAAGGGUGCGCUCAAGCCAGCAAAUGCUUUAGGCGAAACAAACGAUCUCGGUGUCGGCCAGGUUUCAGAUUCAAUGCAUCCUCUAGUACUUGUAUAGAUAUUAAUGAAUGUCGAGAGGACCCAGGAAUCUGCCAACACAACUGCAGCAACACAGUAGGAGGGUACCAGUGUGUAUGUCCACCAGGUUAUAAGGUAGCCAGGAACGGAAGGAAUUGUGUGGAUAUCAAUGAAUGUAUUAACUCCAAUGUUGACUGUGGUCCAGAAAGGAUGUGCUUCAAUAAGAGAGGCGAUGUAAGCUGCAUAGAUAUUCCUUGCCCCGAAAACUACACUCGGGAUCCACUCACAAAAUAUUGUGUAUUAGAAUGUGUUGACAACUCUAUUUGUCCAGAAGGUGCAAAAUACGCUGAUGUGAUCGAGUUCAGAACUCUAGCGCUUCCAAGCGGAAUUUUGCCUCAGCAGGAUUUAAUUCGAUUGACAGUGCUUAACCAAAAUAAUGUUAAAAUGACCAAAACUGACUUCAUAAUCUUGGAGAAUGAUCCCAACAUAGACUUUCAGUUAAGGCUGUUGGAGGGCACGGGGAUUCUGUAUACUGAACAACCGUUAGAGGAACUAGAGACCUAUAAAAUUAAAGUGAGAGCUAAAUCCUAUCAUACCGAGACUGCAGUCUUGCAAUAUCAAACUACUUUCAUGAUUCAUAUAUCAAUUUCUGCAUACCCAUAUUAAUCAUAUUUUGGUGUUUUUUUCGUUUCUGAUGAUUUCAUUGUAAUAAUGAAUGAUUUUUUGUUCCUAUCUUCUUUACGUAUGUGAGUGUGUAUUGUGCUUGUAUGUCAGUUAUGUAUGAUACAUCUAUAUAUAAUCAUGAAAUGUUAUAAACAUAUGUUUUAUUGACGCCUGCGUAAUACAAUAUACUGUCAUUGUGUCCUUACAAAUUUAGUAAAAAGCUUUAUAUAAAAGCAUAGCCAUGUGCUUUGACAUUUCAAACUUGUCGACUAGGCCAAUUUAGAUAUCAUUUUGUCACGUGAUUUUCACAACUGUUUGUGUGCUGCGAAAACAACAAAUACUCAGCGGAAACGUUUAGCAACAUGUAAAAGAUGUCAUUUAAAACCAACAGCAUUACUUUUUCCCUGAUUUAAUGGUCAAUACAUUGUUUACGCAUGACUACUUGUAAUCCAUCAAGCUUAUAAACUGCAAUAAUUGUUUUAAACCUAAAUGAUUGUAUUUUGCUGUUGGUAAUUGUGAUAAAAAGAAUGUAGCACAACGGAAGAUGUUACAGAAUUAUGCACAUGUGAGAACCAUCUCGUUAAGAAGUCAGAGCACAGGCCUGGACCGUGGUAAAAGAAUUCUGACAGUUGAAAGACCACAGAUGCAUGCAUAUUUAUAUGCAUUGUACUCAUUACGUCAAUAAACACAAAUCAGUCCACUUUGAUAAACUACAAUUGCGAAGAACUAAUUCGCUUUACAUAAAUUGGAUAUAUUUUUCACGAUCUGCAGUACAAUGUGAUGCGUCAUUUUGGAAUGAAAACAAAACCCUGAAGCUGAAGGGUCAACUACAGAAUAUUCUCUUUUUGUCAUCUUCAUGUCUAUUUCAGUCGUAGUUGUGUUUUCUCCCCUUGCAUGUUGUAACAUUCUUGUCUAUUCAUUUUUAGGCUGACAUGCCGAGAAAUGAUUUUGGUUUAGUUUUUACACUAUGUACCAAACAGUUUUAUCUGUAACUGGUAUUUUGCUAAGAUAUAUACAUGUAUUUUAAAGCAAUGUUAGCUGUCAUUUUGGUGUCGGAAGUUUUUGUGAAAUUGGGAUUUAAUAUUUCAAAAGUAAGGUAUAUAAAUUUGUUAUUAAUAUUUAUUUUGGAAAACCAAUUCAGAGGCUUUCAAUGAAGCAAAAUUACAUUAUCGUAUUCCCGUACAAAACUUUAUUUUGAUGAAGUCUAAACCUUAGUUUAAAAUUUGUGGAUGAUUAUGGCUAAAUUUGCAUUCAAAAUUAUCAUAAGGGCGCAUAUUUACAAAAUAACAUUUUCAGAUUUAGAGCUAAUAUUGCUUAAAUAUCUUUUCAGUAUUAUAUUCUCAGCUAUUUAUGAGAAAAUUUAUUUGUGGACAUUGAUUUUGAUUAAACCGUGUCUGAAAUUUUGAUUUUAAAACAAAUUCAGAAGUAGGUCAAGACUGUAAAACACGUGUAUAUGAUACAUGUACAUAUAAUUCGAAGUUUUUGUGUAACAAAACAUGAGUGAUUUGUAAUAAAUUCUGAUUACACAU